AUUAUUUAUGUAAACCUGAAGACAAUGUCUACAGUAUUGAUUUUACACGCUUCAAAAUUCGAGAUCUGGAGACUGGGACGGUGCUUUUUGAGAUUGCCAAGCCUUGCAUCUCAGACCAAGACCAGGAGGCAGAGGAGGAGAGUGUGGAUGUGGAUAUCAGCGUUGGGCGUUUUGUUCGCUAUCAGUUCACUCCGGCAUUUCUCCGCCUCCGCACAGUUGGUGCCACGGUAGAGUUCACUGUGGGGGACAGACCUGUGUCAAACUUCCGGAUGAUUGAACGGCACUACUUCCGGGAGCGUUUGCUGAAGAACUUUGACUUUGAUUUCGGCUUCUGCAUCCCCAGCAGUAGAAACACGUGUGAGCACAUCUAUGAGUUCCCGCAGCUCUCUGAGGAUGUCAUUCGUCUGAUGAUCGAAAACCCGUAUGAGACCCGCUCGGACAGCUUCUACUUUGUUGACAACAAGCUGAUAAUGCACAACAAGGCUGACUAUGCCUAUAAUGGAGGCCAGUAACUGCCCCAGGAGUGGACAGGGAUGGUCCUUUGCUGCCACCACGAGGCACAUGGGGGAAUAGCAGCUACUGCUGGUCAACACCCGUUGAACAUGGUCCAGCACGCUGCAGCUGGGGUGGUGGUUUGUGCUCCAAGGAGGUGCCAGCCAGCAGUUUCUUUUCCCAGUAUUUUUUCCCCUGCCCCCUAGUUCGCAGAGGUAUUAUAGUGAGGUAAAAGAUUAGGAUAAGGUUCCUGGGAUCCAGAUAGAAACGUUUAUUUCUGUGUAGUCUUAGCUAUGCACUGGUUAUCCCGACUAGCCUGACUGUCCAGGCACAGCUGUGUCACUGAGAAGAUGCAGGCUGCGCCAGCCUGAGGGCUACCAGCUGUUCUGCAGGUUCCUGGGUGCCGUGGGCAUCUGAAAGCCCCUCGCUUACUCCCUGGCCAUGUUGUUGCAUUGGUAUAGCCUGCCUUCAGCCCAUGAAUAGUCUGAAGAGACUUGAAAACACAGGGAGGGGGGGCAGAGCCCAGAGGCACUGGGAUGGGAGGUGAUGCCAGACUGAAAGACAGGUUUUUGAGGUUACUGCUUCUCUGCCUUCAGGGACCCACAGCCAGUUCUAGGGGAGACUGUGGUCUCAGCCUGGUGGUGCCUUCCUGUUCUUACUAGAGGCUGCGUGAGUGAGCGUGCUCUGCUCCCCUGGUGACUAUAUUCUGGGACUCAUCUUUGUCACCCACAGCCAGAAAGGAAUGUCUUGGAGUCUGUUGUAUACACUUGUCUCUCAGUUCAGUUCAGGGCUGUUGUGCUGUGGGCUCUUUGUUCUCAGACUUCUUCUGGGGAGUUCUCACAUAGUGUCUUACAUAGUGUCAAUGUUGUAGCACCUGCCAUAUGGGUAGAUCUCUGCUAGGGUUGACCUGGCUCGGGGUGGGAGAUGCAUGGCUGCAGCCUGCUUCAUGCUUUAGAGAGAGAGCUGACCUGUCUGCACAGCAAGCCUGGAAGAUGGGCCUCGGUCAGGAUUUGCCUCUGGAACUCUGAGUCUCCUGCUCAGGAGUGUUUUCCUGUCUGUUUGCCUCUCUACUGAAGUCGUUCCUGGAGCUACCUGGCAGAUGUCCUGAUCCACGCAUAUUCUCAUCUUCCUUUAAGCUGCUGUGUUUGUUAGAACCAGCAGCAUCGGCUGAGGUUGCCUGCCAGAGCACUGUGUCCUCAGACAGCUUCCUGCACUUGUGGGCAUCAGGUGUCCUCAGAGCCUCACUGACUAACUCCCAUCUCUGUGGCCCCCCAGGUUGUCUGUGUGGAUGGCUUUAUGACUCUGCUGUGGUGCAGGUCCAUCUAGCACUGAUGGACGUGUCAGUAGCAAGGGGCAGAAGUGUCUGUGAGGCACCACGUUACCUGUGAUGAGAGCAGCUUCCCAAAGUGCUCUCUGAGAGGAAGGGCGUGCUUUGGCCAGUGUCACUUUGUGUGGCUUCUAGAGCAUCAGCACCCUUGAGUUUGGGUGGGGCCUGUUCUCUGUAUCUACCUUGGGACUGGCAAUGCCACAUGCUGGAAACCUUCGGAAUGAGAAACCCUAAUUACCCAUCAUGCUGCACUGGAUUUACCCACUGAGACAGGAGAGCCCGGGUGCCCUCUGCAUGGGCACCUCCUGACCAUUCUAGUGAACCUCAGAGUUGGACCACUCCAAAUCUAGGUGCCUUCACUGUGCUCUGCCCUACGCUGCAGGGGAGCUGCCUGCAUUGCUCCUCACCUGCACAGACAGUACCUGCCAUCUGUACUUCUCUGUGGCUCCUCUGGUGGACUUUGUGUGUUCUUGCCAACUUCGGGGUGCCCCUUGAUCUGUUACAGUCAUAUGAGGAGAGAUUUGGUUUCCAGUAUUUAAAUAAAUACUACCUAGGACGAGCUUCCUGGAGCCGCUGGAGCUGUGUGGUCUUUCAUCAGUGGAGUCCGGUUUGGGCUGCUCCUGUCUUCUGGCAUGCAGUUUCUUACCUGUAGUGCUGGCUUUUGCUUGGAGAGCCCCAGAGGAUGGAAGACCUGGGCACACUGGCUUGAGAAGGGCUGGAUCCCCUUUCUAGGUAGUUGUGGUCACGUUGAAGACCACCCAGGCCGGGGCUCGGUCAUUGUUGGUGGGAUGGGCCAGACUGGUCCUUCUCUGCUGAUGGCCAGUGGUCCAUGUCUGGCUUCUUAGGGAAGUGUUGCUGUUUCCACCUUUGUACUUGACUUAUGUAAACUGGAAUUUAUACUUUGAAAGUUACCAGCAGUGUGAGAAGUCACACUGUUCAGGAAUGUCAACCAUCCACAGUGGCUUCCAGUGAAGCAGCAGGAGAGAAAAACUGCUCCAGUGUGGUGAGGCCAUGCCCUGUCAAGAGUGGGAAUCUAAGCUGAUGGCAGCUCCCACCAAGACCUCGUCUCAGCAGCCAGGCAGAACCCUGCCUGCUACAAGGCAGGACACUGCUUGAGCUGCAUCCCAGCCCUCUGCCUUGGGCUAAGCUGCCCUUCUGCUUCUCUGAGGUUAAAGCUGAUCUGCUUUUAUUCUGUUCUAAACCACAAACAUGGAGUAAAGAUGGCCAGUAACUGGGGCUAAGAUCUGCUGUUGUUUCAGGUUAGCCCUGUGCUCUCCUGCAUUGACUCUCUGAAGCUUCUCCAGAUCUGGGUAUUUCCUGUCCCAAGGACAGUGCUAUACAGUGUCUGGGACUGGCCAUAGAUUAUCAAAAUCUCCACAUUCUGUGUCCAGAGCAUUGUAGCCAAAAGGAGGGUUGUGGGGGGGUGCCCCCGAUGUUUCACAAAGGAUCAUGUGAUGUCAUCAAAGUUGUGAGAGUCUAUUUUCCCUGUAAAUCUAUUUUUCACAGAAUGUAAGAAACAUCUCUGUCCUUCCCACUCCACCCAAGAUCCUCACUCCAGAACAAACCAGGUGACUCUUUGUAUAAGAUGUUAUUUUACCACAAGAGAUAGUAAUAAAGAUUUUCACAAUA